AUUGUGGGAUCAGUAAACUCACAACAACAUUUCCAGCUUCUAAUUCUUCUUGCAAUUGUCUUUUUUAUAUAUUAACAUUUGCAGUCGAUGUCUUCUUACUCUUUUCAAUAGCUAGCUAGCUUCAGAGUUUUUUCUAGUUAUAGAAAACAACAUAUUAGAAACCUAUUCAGUUAAGCGACCUGCUUGGCAAGUACGUUUUAGCUCAUCUAUGCAACGCCUAUUCAUCUGAAGAACUUCCUAGCAACAAACAUGGAACAUGUGCAUCUUGUUGCUGAAGAGGAUGACCUGUACUCGGGCUACAACGACUACAAUCCAACCUUUGAUGCAGAGGAGCUUGACAAUGAUGCUGGUUUUCAGCAAGCAGUGAGGACAAGCCAUGGGAGAAGGCCACCUAUGACUGCCAAGUUUCCUGGCACUUCCACUGGUGGACUGACAUUGGGGACCUCUUUCGGGGCUGAGACCAGGUUUGGCAGUAAGAACAGGCUUCUGAAGUCUAGGAUGCCACUUGCGUCUUCUAUGGGUCGACCCAUGACUGGAGCUGUACAGGAAGGAACAGCUAGGCCUAUGACUGCAGUCAGAGCAGCUGGCUACUCUUCAGCCAUAAUCAGAGGUUCUACAUUUGACCCGCUGGGUCAGUCCAAAGGUCCGGCUCCUCCAUUAGAGGGAAAAAGUGAAGAUACUCCGGAUGAGAAGGUGAAGAUCCUGGAGAAGAAGGUGAACGAUCUGAUUGAGGAAAGCUGCCUUGCGCACGGCCGUGGUGACCUACAGUUGUCCUUAGAUAGAGCUAAGGAGGCAGGACGGAAGGAGAGAGCACUGGUGAGACAGAGAGAGCAGUCAGGCAAUGCCGACCACAUCAACUUGGACCUCACCUAUUCAGUCUUGUUUAACUUGGCAACUCAGUAUGCUAACAAUGACAUGUACGCAGAAGCCCUUAACACCUACCAGGUCAUUGUGAAGAACAAGAUGUUCAGUAAUGCCGGAAGGUUAAAAGUGAACAUGGCCAACAUUUACUUCAAGCAAAAGAACUAUCCGAAGGCCAUCAAGUUCUACCGAAUGGCCCUGGACCAGAUCUCCAACUCCCACAAGGAGAUGAGGAUCAAGAUCAUGCAGAACAUUGGCGUGGUCUUCAUCCGCAUGGGCCAGUACUCGGACGCCAUCACCUCCUUUGAACACAUCAUGAGCGAGAGCCCCAACAUUAAGUCAGGCUUCAACCUGAUCCUGUGUUACUACGCCAUUGGGGACAGAGAUAGGAUGAAGAAGGCCUUUCAGAAGCUUAUCUGUGUUCCUCUAGGGAUCGACGAGGAGGACAAGUAUAUUCCGCCCAACGAUGACACCCAUGCCAACCUGGUGAUUGAAGCCAUAAAGAAUGACAAGCUUCACCAGAUGGAGAGAGAACGGAAAACACUGGCUGAGAAAUUCAUCAUGACAUCAGCCAAGCUCAUCGCUCCCGCCAUCGAGGCGACGUUCGCCGACGGUUUUGACUGGUGUGUGGAAAUGGUGAAGAGCUCCCAGUACAUUGAACUGGCCAACGAUCUGGAGAUUAACAAAGCCAUUACCUACCUGAGACAGAGGGACUUCAAUCAGGUUGGUGCUGUGGAGACCCUGAAGACGUUUGAGAAGAAAGACAGCCGAGUGAAGAGUGCUGCAGCCACCAACCUCUCCUUCCUCUACUUCCUAGAAAAGGACUUCGACCAGGCUGACCGUUACGCUGACCUGGCCAUGGCCGCGGACCGCUAUAACCCAGCGGCGCUCAUCAACAAGGGCAACACGGUCUUCGUGAAGAACGACCGCGAGAAAGCUGCUGAGUUCUACAAGGAGGCUCUCCGGAAUGACUCGUCCUGCACCGAGGCCCUGUAUAACCUGGGUCUGACUUAUAAGCGUCUGGGGCGCCUGGAGGAUUCCCUGGACUGUUUCCUGAAGCUCCACGCCAUCCUGAGGAACAGUUCACAGGUGAUGUGGCAGCUGGCCAGCCUCUAUGAGAUGUUGGAGGACCCCCACCAGGCCAUAGAAUGGCUGAUGCAGCUGAUCAGUGUGACGCCCACAGACCCCAAGGUGUUGGCUAAACUGGGAGAGUUGUACGAUAGCGAGGGAGACAAGUCUCAAGCCUUCCAGUACUACUAUGAGUCCUUCAGAUAUUUUCCCUCAAACAUUGAGGUUAUUGAGUGGCUGGGGGCCUACUUCAUUGACACUCAGUUCUGUGAGAAGGCUGCCCAGUACUUUGAGAGAGCCACACUCAUCCAGCCAAACCAAGUGAAGUGGCAGCUGAUGGUGGCCAGCUGCUACAGACGGAGUGGAAACUACCAGAAAUCCCUAGAGACUUACAAGGACAUCCACCGGAAAUUCCCAGAAAACGUUGAAUGCCUGCGUUUUCUGGUGAGGCUAUGCACAGACAUGGGGCUGAAAGAGGUCCAGGAUUAUGCCACCAAACUAAAGAAGGCGGAGAAGAUGAAGGAGAUCAGGGAACAGCGGGUGAAGUCGGCGAGGGAGGGCAGUGCCAGAAAUGCCCGGAGAGAGGGCAGCGCCAGCAGUGUGGGCAGCCCAAACCUUGUCCACACACUGCCUAAGAAGACCAUAGAGGUGGAUAUCAAACCAGUUUCUUGCCCUGAGCCUAAACACAGUCCUCUAUUGGACCAGGGACAAGAUAGUGGACACAGCAGUCAUGGCACCAGUGGAAAGGGGGAGAGACUGAGUGCGAAGAUGAGGGCACUGCCAGGCUCCCAUGAACCCUAUGAGGCCAGCAGCCAGCGAGACAUAGAUGCCUCAUAUGUGGAUCCAUUGGGACCCCAGAUAGAGAGACCAAAGACUGCUGCCAAGAAGCGGACAGAGGAUGAUGACUUUGCAGAUGAAGAGUUGGGAGAUGACCUACUUCCAGAGUAGCCAGUCACACUGAACCCCUCAGGAAACAGUUUUCAAAACACGAGUAUCUGUAUAUCACCUUCCAGUAGACAGUAGACAAGUUUCACUCCAGCGUCCAUAACACAUUUAGGAAAACCUAUGGUGUAAAUGAUGAUGAUGAUGAUUUCCACAGUAAUCUCUGGAACGUAGUUCAUUUUUAUUCCAGUUUUGAAGCUUUUCAUUUAAAAUAAUACGUUAUACUGAUAUUUAUAUAUAGUUAGCGCAAUUUAUUGUAAUUACUACAAGCUUUUCCGUCUUGUCUUCAGAAUGAGGUAAA